UUAAAAUAAUGAUAUUUAGCCCAAUUUCCGAACCCGAAUCCGAAGAGCUGUAGCUGUAGCUGUAGCAGCAAUGUUGGCGAAGUGGAGCAGAGCCACCCGCCAUCUGUGGAGGCUUGGAGCAGAAAGCAACUUGAAAUUUAGUACAGAUCUUCGUGUUUGUCCUCAUCGAUGCUACGCCAAAGUCGCAGCAGCUGUUGCACCCAAUAUCGGUCAUCUGGAAAAGGGCAUACUUGGCGGCCAUGUGGUGCAGUUGGAUAAAUUGUUUUUGUCAAAGCCUUUUUCGCUAGCUUUGGCCACUGAUUCGCCAUUGAGAAUGGAUGAACCACAAUACGAGGGUAUUAAGCGUCUUUUUCUCAAGUUGAUGAUGUUUUAUAGUAAACAAAGCAAGCAUAUUCGAGGGGCAAAUGUAAUAUACCGACGAAUUGUUUCACAAGUUGAAAAACCUGCCAUAUAUGAUGUGUUCAAUUUGGAGAAAACAUUUAAAACAACCUUUUCUCUGCUUGUUCUUCAUACGUGGCUUUGCUUACGACGGUUGAAAGAAGAAGGAAAGGAAGGUGUUGAACGUGGGCAAUACUUAUAUGAAAUUUACAAUCAUGAUGUGGAGCUACGUGUAUCUAAGGCUGGGGUAAAUUUGCUUUUGACUCGGUGGAUGAAAGAUUUAGAAAAAAUCUUUUAUGGAAAUAUUGUUGCUUAUGAUUCUGCCAUGCUUCCAGAAGCUGGACAGGAUGAGCUGCAGAACGUAAUAUGGAGGAAUAUAUAUUCUGAAGAUGGAUCACCAUUGCCAAAUGAUGCUGCUGCAUUACGAGCUGUGCAGGCAAUGGCUAGGUAUACUCGUCGUGAAGUUAGUUGCCUGUCCUUGACAGACAAAGAAGCAAUAUUUUCUGGGAACUUCAUGUUCACUCCACUGGAAACUGGCAAGCCAAGCUCAAAGGUUGGAAGGUGAUGAUGCUCAACAGUCUCAAGGAAAAGAAAGAAGAAGACAUUAUAUUGGAUUGGUUAUUUACCUAAUAAAUAGCAAUAGAUUUGUUACGGGAAUUUGUUCAUGGUUUCAGUAAUAGUGAAGAGCAAUGUUACUAAUUCUCUCCUACCCUUCUUGAUUCGCUUGAUUUAGUUUUAUUUUUUGGAACUGAGAAGCUAGAUGGUGUACAAGUGAUAAAUUCAUAUAAAAAAUCAAUUAACUUCUGUCU